AUGACAGCGGGUUUUAAAACAUUAUCGGCAAAGGCCGCUGCACAAUUGGAUCAAGAGCUAAUGUCGACUGGUGCAUUUUCAAUUGAUCAAUUAAUGGAAAUCGCAGGAUUAUCGGUUGCGAAAGCAAUAUUUAAAGAGUACCCUCCACAAGCAACACAUCAACCACCUUUACAAAAAGUUCUUGUUUUGGUUGGUCCUGGUAAUAAUGGUGGUGAUGGCCUAGUGGCAGCACGCCAUUUGAAGAUAUGGGGUGCUUAUGAUCCAGUUAUUUAUUAUCCCAAAAAAACAGAAAGCAAUAAAUUAUAUACCAAUUUGAUCAAACAAUUGAAAGAUUUGGAAGCCAAGGAGAUUUCAACAUUGGACGAAAUUAAACAAUUGCUUAGCAAAAAGGGGGAAGUUGGGGUUAUUUUGGACUCUAUUUUCGGCUUUUCUUUUAAACCACCAAUUAGAGGUGUUUUCAAGGAUGUUAUCUCAUACAUUUCCCAAAAUCAUCAAGAAUUACCACCUGUUGUUUCUGUGGACAUUCCAUCGGGUUGGGAUGUUGAUGAUGGUCCAACAGAUAUUGAUAUCAAAGCAUCAACUCUUAUCAGCUUGAGUGCUCCGAAACCAUGCGCUGAAAGGUUUAUCAACAGUGGACCAGAUAAGGUUCAUUAUUUAGGCGGAAGAUUCAUUAAUCCAACAAUUGCCAAAAAGUUCAACAUAGAGGAUAUUUUGGAAAAAUAUAAAGGGGAUGAAUUAGUUACCAAAUUGUAA